UGUAGUCCUUAAUAUCAUUCAUCAUUGUAUGUGCAUGUCUUUCACCUUUGGAUUUUAAUGGAAAUCAAAACUGACGGCACCCAAGCCCUCAAAUGAGUAAAUUAGGCUUCAUUUCACACUGUUUUUUUUUUUUUAGCUUUUCUUCUCACCUUUGACAAAGUGUAAGGUUUUAUUCCUCCGGAGGUCUACUAAUCAAAGUUACAUUUGCAUCACACACACACUCUGCAUGUGAUUAUCACAUUGUUUCAGCAUAUUAUCUUUCCAAUUAGUAUUUACAUUCUUCAAGAAAACAUAUAAGCUAUUCUAAAUUCAUUGAAAAAUACAUUAUUUUGUGGUGUUUUAUGUAUAAAUGACAAAAGUGAAGUCAUCCUUCAAUUGAUGCUGAAUUGACGAGUAUUACAAACAACAUUUGUUUUGAAUACUACCAGACUUCACACCACUCGUGAUGUUUGUGCCGCUGCAUUGAUUUCAUUGUUAUGUUGUGGUUUUAAAACCUGCCGUGCUGUAGAAACAGAUGGCUGUUAAAAGCCUUUCUGCCUCCACUCCUCCACUCAUUGUCCUCUUGUGAGUUUCUUUUAAUUUUCUCAGACUUUACCCUCACCGCAUUAUGCCGAGCUGCUCUUUCAAAUUCACCUUUUGCUCUUCUUUUUAUUUUGCACUUGGUUGAUGACGCUCUGAUUAUUUGAGUGGUGUGCCUUCUGUUCCAUGAUAUGCUCUGUUGUGUCACUGCUGCUGCCCGGUCUCUCUCUCUUUUCCUCCUCCUCCUUCUCCACUUCGGAAAAAGCCAACCGACUUUAACGAUUUCCUGGGACAGGUCUACUGUACACUGGGGGAGAUUGUGGGCUCUCCUGCGAGCCGCUUGGAGAAGCCUUUGGGGAUUACGCCACCAUGCAGUUUUGUGCCAACAAACUGGACAAGAAGGACUUUUUUGGAAAGUCAGACCCCUUCAUGGUCUUCUACAGGAGCAAUGAAGAUGGCACGUUCACCAUAUGCCACAAGACAGAAGUCGUGAAGAACACUCUAAACCCGGUUUGGGAGCCCUUCUCCAUCCCCGUGCGAGCGCUCUGCAACGGAGACUAUGACAGGACAAUCAAAGCGGAAGUGUAUGACUGGGACAGAGAUGGAAGUCAUGAUUUCAUUGGUGAAUUCACCAGCAGCUACAAAGAGCUAUGUCGAGGUCAAAGCCAAUUAAACGUCUAUGAGGUGGUGAACGCCAAGAAGAAAUUAAAGAAAAAGAGAUACAUCAACUCCGGAACAGUGUCCUUGUUGGCAUUCAACGUGGAGUCAGAGCACACAUUCCUGGAUUACAUUAAAGGAGGGACGCAGAUUCACUUCACAGUGGCAAUUGAUUUCACAGCAUCGAACGGAAAUCCGUCCCAGUCCACUUCCCUUCACUACAUGAACCCGUACCAGAUGAAUGCCUAUGCCAUGGCCCUGAAGGCGGUGGGGGAGAUCAUCCAGGACUAUGACAGUGAUAAGAUGUUCCCUGCAUUGGGAUUUGGUGCUAAGCUGCCCCCUGAUGGGAGGGUCUCUCAUGAGUUCCCUCUGAAUGGCAACAUUGAGAACCCCUACUGCAACGGUAUGGAGGGGAUUCUGGACGCUUACCAUCAAAGCCUUAAGAGAGUUCAGCUGUAUGGACCCACCAACUUCGCCCCUGUUGUUAAUCAUGUGGCAAGGUACGCAGCAGCAGUGCAGGAUGGAUCUCAGUACUUUGUCCUGCUCAUCAUCACUGAUGGCGUCAUUUCGGACAUGGCUCAAACCAAGGAGGCCAUAGUGAAUGCAGCAAAACUCCCCAUGUCAAUCAUCAUUGUUGGAGUCGGCCAAGCUGAGUUUGAUGCCAUGGUGGAGCUGGAUGGUGAUGACAUCAGGAUUUCCUCACGUGGAAAGCUGGCAGAGAGAGACAUUGUACAGUUUGUUCCAUUCAGAGACUACAUGGACCGCACAGGGAACCACGUUCUGAGCAUGGCCCGACUGGCGAAGGAUGUACUGGCUGAAAUCCCGGACCAGCUCAUCUCCUACAUGAAGACCAGAGCUAUUAAACCCAAUGUCGUUCCACCAACUUACUUGCCUGACAACUAUUGCCAAACCAACUCUGUCUGAAGUCCCUCACACUGCCCCACCGUGUAUUUGUUUUGGAGGCCUCAUACAGUGGUGUGAAAAAGUGUUUGCCCCUUCUUGAUGUCUUAUUUUUUUGCAUGUUUGUCACACUUAAAUGUUUCAGAUCAUCAAACAAAUUUAAAUAUUAGUCAAGGACAACACAAAAUGCAGUUUUUAAAUGAAACUUUGUAUUAUUAAGGGAGAAAAAAAUCCAAACCGACAUGGCCCUGUGUGAAAAAGUGAUUUCACCCUAAACCUAACACCUGGUUGGGCCACCUAUAGCGUUUACAGUAACUUGCAAUGAGUCUCAUACAGUGCUGUGGAGGAAUUUUGGACCACUCAUCUUUGCAAAAUUGUUGUAAUUCAGCCAAAUUUGAGGGUUUCCCAGCAUAAACCGCUUUUUUAAGGUCAUGCCAUAGCAUCUCAAUAGGAUUCGGGUCGUCAUUUUGUUUUUCUUCAGCCAUUCAGAGGUGGACUUGCUGGUGUGUUUUGGAUCAUUGUCCUGCUGCAGAACCCAAGUUUGUUUCCGUUUGAGGUCACAGAUAGAUAGCUAACAGAUAGCUGACAUUCUCCUUCAGGAUUUGUUGGUAAACAGCAGAAUACAUUGUUCCAUUUAUCACAGCAAGUCUUCCAGGUCCUGAAGCAGUAAAACAACCCCAGAUCAAUACACUACCACCACCAUAUUUUACUGCUGGUAUGGCGUUACUUUUACGCCAGAUGUAAUGGGACACACACCUUCCAAAAAGUUCAACUUUUGUCUCGUCAGACCACAGAGUAUUUUCCCAAAGGUCUUUUCGUUCAGCAGUGGUUUUGGUCUUGGAACUCUGCCAGGCAGGCCGUUUUUGCCCAGUGUCUUUCCGAUGGUGGAGUCAUGAACACUGACCUUAACUAAGUGAGGCCUGCAGUUUUUUGGAUGUUGUUGUGGGGUCUUUUGUGACCUCUUGGAUCAGUCGUCGCUGCGCUCCUGGGGUCAUUUUGGUUGGCCGACCACGACUGGGAAGGUUCACCACUGUUUCAUGUAUUUGUCAUUUGUGUUUCGCUGGAGUCCCAAAGCUUUAGAAAUGGCUUUAUAACCUUUUCCAGACUGAUAGAACUCAAUUCAUCUCAGUUAAGUUAUGUCUUAACUGGGAGGGGAGACAAUUUUCUCCCUUAAUAAUCAAAAAUUUCAUUUUAAAACUGCAUUCAUUUCAGUUGUGUUAUUAGUCAUUGACUAAUAUUUCAAUUUGUUUGAUGAUCUGAAACAUUUAAGUGUGACAAACAUGAAAAAAAAAAUUAGGAAGAGGGCAAACACUCUUUCACACCACUUUCCCUUUAGUGAAUCCAAUAGAGGUGAGACUCCAUUUCUGUUUUGAAGCAAAAAGAUUUGCAGCUUUGAGGGCCCCUACGGGAGGAAGAUGGAGGAGUUUUUGUGUUUGACUCACUUUGGAGGGCGAGAGGGUCCUCAGAGGAGCCCAUGGGUGCCACGGGAGGUUUCAUUGUUUGCUGUCAAAGUGGUGAGUGAUGUCAUAGAUAGCAAGAAAAUACAUAGGAAGGGCGUACGUAUAUUAGAAUGUGCAAGUGUGUAUCAUGUGUGUGAUACCUUUUACAAUUGCUGUGUGUUGAUGUAGAAAAUCAUAUGUAUACUAAUUUAUUUAUUUAUUUAUUUAUUGCAGUAAUUAUUUAUUCUCUUUGGGUGGGCUUUCAGAAGGUGGGAGGGGUCAAAAGUCGUAUUUUCCAUGGAGUUUUCCAUCCUAUAUUUUAUGACCUAUGUUAUUAUAAUAUUAAAGAAAAUAAAUCCCACUUUCUACUUUGAUAAAUACUGUAAUAUAAAAAGCAUGUAAUGUAUAUUAGGCAUUUUAUGGAUUGUCUGACCAUUUUUUGAUUGCAAGUUAGUUGUGGAUGACCUCCCGCCAGCCUGUUUUCUUCUUAUUAUUCUUAUACCUGUUUCUAGUAUUUCUAUCAAAACAAUGCACUAAUUACCACCCAAAUUAAAAGCACAAAGGUUAUUAUAUUACUAAGUGAAACAUUUGUGUUUUAAAAGAACCAACAGCAGAAUGAGUUCAUCUAUUUACACAGCUGGAAGGCAGUGAUUGGAAAUAUGUAUUGCUCAUGAUAUUUGCCACAAACAGUAUGUUUACAGAGAGCACACACCUUUUUACUAGUUAGCAUCCAGUACACAUCACACAUUAAGCAGUAUAACGCACUAUGGUCCAUUAUGUGUAAUAUUACUUAAAUAUUGUACAGUAUUUUACAUUAUUUAAUCUGCCACUAUUUUUCCAGAUAUGCUGUUAUUAAGGUCCACGUAUAAGGCUGAAUAAGACAGUUGAACGCCCACCGCCAUUGUUUUGAGUAGUUUCUCUCAGUCAUUUGAUCCAAAUGUGCCUACAAUAUGGAAACAUAUCCAAAUUGACUUAGCCAGGUAUUAUUCUGCCAGCAGGUGUCAUGUUGUAGAUGCACAGGUUGCUAAGGAUAAAAGUGUUGAACAAUUAAGUGGAGGUUACACAUGUGUUAUGUAGUUUUUGUACUUCCUGCUCGUCACUAAUAAUCUUUGAAUAUAAUGUAAGGUAACAGUAUGACUGAGCCUUUUACAAUACUCGGAGUCAAGACCUGUUUACAGUUCAACCGGGGCCGUUUAUGUUUGCCUCAAGGAAGACGUAAACUUGUAUUGGUUUUAUUAAAAAUACUGUAUGUAUAUUGUUGCUCAUUUACAAUUAUUUAUUAUGUUCUCUGACAGUGUUGCAUAGAGCCGUUGUUUGGUUUUGUGAAGACAUUUAACGUAAAGCAAACAUUCUGAAAACACCAACUACACCCUACUGCAUACUUUUAUUCCUGAAAAAUGACAUACUGUAAUUUCUCUCUGUCAGGGGACAAACAGCAAACAACUUUCCAGUUAUUUAUUCAUCAGAAAUGAAAUGCGGCCAUGCAUUUAUGUUACAUAGCAUACAUAAAUACCAGAAUACCUCUACAGAAAGCCAUUCAAGCACAUGAAGCAUUAUGAAUGAGAAACAUUACAGUUAUUUUAUCAUGAAACAUAAUUUUGCUAUUCAUGGUCCUGAUUACGUUCAAAUAUAUGCCUAUUGAUUUUGUUUUGUGUGCACAUCAUUCAUGUGACCAAUACUUCUCAUUUAAAGUAGAGUUAGAUAGUCUGUUUUAAAUACCAAGACUAUAAGAAGCUACUUGACACUUAUGCAAAUGUGAAGCAUUACAUUAUUAUUAUUAUUAUUAUUAUUAUUAUUAUUAUUAUUAAGGAAUAUAUGUUCAUUUAAAUCUGAAGAUGUCAGUUCAGUUGUUGGUUAACUUCAUUGUAUCUCUUCCUUCAGGCUGAGCUCUAAUUGUGUACAUAUACUCAAUCUACGAAUUUUCAGUGCCAAAACUAUACUCAGUCGAACAUGGCAUCUUUAGACCUUGUGCAUGUGCGUGCCAAACAUGGCAGCAAGUUGGGUAGUCUGCCGUCAUGUCACCUGAUUACCGCAUCGGCCAUAUGCUUAACUUGUUCCUUGGGAUGUUCUUUGGACAUAGCAAGCACCUCAAGCAUGUUGCAUCUCUGCUCUGGUCCUAUUCUGUUCCUCAGAGACACAUACUGUACUGGUUCUUGCCACUGCUCCUCUUCUAUCCCAGGUUGUUCAACAUACCUCUCUAGGUCUCUGACUUGCAUGCUGAAUUAUUUCCAAACCAGGUGUUGGACAUGAUUGUCGUCAUGCUGUGGUUUGUGAAAUGCUUUGUAAUGGAUUGCCUUAAAUUAAGAUUAAUAAAAAUAUUGACAACUUUGA